UCCUCUGCCUCUGUCAAUUCGAGUAUCAGCUCUCCGGUCUCCGAUCCGAUACAGUACAAAUUUCGGCCGCUACCAAACUCCACCAUAAUUCCGAGGGACCACAAAAGGUUUCAGGGAGCAUCACUAACUGAGCUCUCCACACCCUGGAAAAGAGCAAGCGAAAAAUUUGUUCUUUUGUUGUAUAAUUGAGAGCUGAAAUCAACCGACCCAGAUUGAGUUCUGCUCUGGUAUUGGUUUCCGGCUAAGUUUUGGGAAAUUAGUAAAAUGGGUCUGGAGUAAAUUUGGUAGGCAUCUAGAAAGCUUCCUCUUUUGGACGUGUUGGGCAAAAUUUUUUGUUAAGUCGCUUGUGUUGAGAGAUUGAGAGAGAUCUUGGAUUUUGGUCCGGUUGUGCUGAGCAUUGUUGGAUUAAUGGCGACGGAAUCGAUAGACGAGGAGUGCUCCAAGGGAAACAUGUGGGUACUGGAUCAGAAGCUUGAUCAGUCGAUGGACGAAGAGGCUGGGAGGCUCAGGAACAUGUACAGAGAGAAGAAAUUCUCUGCACUGUUAUUGUCAAGGCUUGCAUUCCAGAGCCUAGGAGUGGUAUUUGGGGACUUGGGUACAUCGCCUUUGUAUGUUUUCUACAACACAUUUCCUCAUGGAGUACAUGAUCCCGAAGAUGUCAUUGGAGCUCUUUCUUUGAUAAUAUACUCUUUGACCCUCGUUCCGCUCCUCAAAUACGUGUUUAUUGUGCUCAGAGCAAAUGAUGCUGGCCAGGGCGGCACAUUUGCUCUUUAUUCACUACUUUGCCGGCAUGCAAAAGUGAACACUAUCCCCAACCAACAUCGAACAGAUGAAGAAUUAACAACAUAUAGUCGCCAGACGUUUGAUGAGAAGUCACUUGCAGCGAAAGUGAAACGAUGGUUGGAGGCUCACUCGUAUAAAAAGAAUGCCCUUCUUAUUCUUGUUCUUGUAGGAACUUGCAUGGCUAUUGGAGAUGGGAUUCUUACUCCUGCUAUAUCAGUUCUCUCAGCAGCAGGUGGAAUCAAGGUGGACUACCCUGCUAUGAGCAAUGAUGUGGUUAUACUUGUUGCGGUGGUAAUAUUAGUUGCUUUAUUUAGCAUGCAACACUAUGGCACUGACAAAGUCGGAUGGCUUUUUGCUCCUAUCGUCCUCAUUUGGUUUCUGUUUAUUGGAUCUAUUGGUGCUUUCAACAUAUGGAAAUAUGAUCAUUCAGUUCUCAAGGCUUUCAAUCCUGUUUAUAUUUAUCGGUAUUUCAAGCGAGGAAAAACCAACUGGACUUCCCUUGGAGGAAUUAUGCUCAGCAUCACAGGAACUGAAGCUUUGUUUGCUGAUUUGUGUCAUUUUCCUGUCCUAGCUAUCCAGAUUGCAUUUACUUUUGUCGUGUUUCCUUGCCUUCUUUUGGCAUACACUGGACAAGCAGCUUAUAUCAUGAAGAAUCAAGGGCAAGUAGUUGAUGCAUUUUAUCGAUCAAUUCCAGAUGGUGUACAUUGGCCAAUGUUCAUUGUUGCAACAGCAGCAGCUAUCGUUGCCAGCCAAGCCACGAUAUCAGCAACAUUUUCCAUAAUCAAGCAGGCUCUUGCACUUGGAUGCUUUCCAAGGGUUAAAGUUGUUCAUACAUCGAAAAAGUUUCUCGGUCAGAUAUACAUUCCAGAUAUCAAUUGGAUCCUUAUGGUUCUUUGUAUAGCUGUCACUGCUGGAUUCAAGAAUCAAAAUCAGAUUGGAAAUGCUUAUGGAACUGCAGUUGUGAUCGUCAUGCUCGUGACAACAUUCCUCAUGAUCCCAAUCAUGCUCUUGGUGUGGCGGAGCCACUGGAUCCUUGUCGUCAUCUUCACUGGCCUCUCCCUCCUCGUGGAGCUCACGUAUUUCUCCGCGGUCCUCUUCAAGGUCGAUCAGGGUGGCUGGGUCCCGCUCGUCAUUGCAGGUACCUGCCUCAUCAUAAUGUACGUAUGGCACUAUGGAACAGUCAAGCGCUAUGAAUUUGAGGUCCACGGUCGUGUCUCAAUGGCAUGGAUCCUCGGCCUAGGCCCUGGACUUGGGCUGGUUCGUGUCCCUGGUAUCGGUUUUGUGUACACUGAGCUUGCAAGUGGCGUCCCUCACAUUUUCUCCCACUUCAUCACCAAUCUCCCCGCUAUCCACUCCGUCGUCGCCUUUGUCUGUGUAAAAUAUCUCCCAGUGUACACAGUUCCUACAGACGAGCGGUUCCUUGUCAAAAGGAUCGGGCCCAAGAGCUUCCAUAUCUUCCGUUGUGUUGCAAGGUAUGGAUAUAAAGAUGUCCAUCGAAAAGAUGAUGACUUUGAGAAGAUGUUAUAUGAUAGCAUUUUAGUCUUUGUUCGUCUUGAGAGUAUGAUGGAGGGUUACUCGGACUCUGAGGAGUAUACGUAUAAUGGCUCAUCGUCGCAGGAUUCCAUUGUGCCUGCGAGAACUUAUAGCGGUGGUGGAGGAACGAUUGGCGAUGAGGUUGAGUUCUUGAAUAGGUGCAAAGAGGCAGGGGUUGUACAUAUUCUUGGUAACACCAAUGUGAAGGCCAGAAGAGAUUCUGGGCUUAUUAAGAGGAUAGCUAUUGAUUAUGUAUAUGCUUUUCUUAGGAGGAUUUGUAGGGAGAACAGUGUGAUUUUCAAUGUUCCGCAUGAGAGCUUACUAAACGUUGGGCAGAUAUUCUAUGUAUAGGGAGAACAGUUGUAAUGAUUUCAAUUGAAAGUGUUUGCAUCUCAGUUUCCUUCA